AUGGAGACGCACUACGACGUCCUCGGGGUGGCGUCCAUGGCCUCCCCGUCCCAGAUCGCCCGCGCAUACAGGCACCUAGCGCUCGUACACCACCCCGACAAGGCCGGCGGCUCGACGGAAGCCUUCCAACGCGUCUCGGAAGCUAACGAGACGCUCUGCGAUCCCGUAAGGCGUGCAACGUACGACAUGUCGCAAGGCAUCUGGGCGAGUAAGGCCGCCGACACAGAUAUCGACAUGGAGUAUUGGCGCGCAUACGACGAAGCGCGUGAACACACCCAGCCCCACCCAGCUCACGCACAUGCUGCUAGUCAUGCUCCUCGCCGCUUCGGAUCCCGAUUCCGCCGGCGUGCACCGAGUAGUGCUAGUCCGGGGCCGCACUGCGAGUUCCGGACCUGCCACGACCCGCCCAGCGGGUUCCAGUACACCAGCGCGCAUUACUCGAGCCACGGGGUAUACUGGGCGGCACCUGGACCGAUGCCGAUUCCUGGCGCAAUGCCAGCGCCAACAAUGUCAGCACCGAUACCAACACCCGUCCACCAUCCCAUGUCCCCGUUCCCCGGAUCAAUGUUCGCCAACACACACUCCCCGUUUAUCCCCUUCCAGCCGCGGUGGUCAUCACCAUUCAUGCGUCCGGACAAUACCUCACUCCCAGCCGAGGAACGUAUAUGCAACUGCUGUCCAUUGUCAGCGCCAAAGGCCAGCAGGAAUUGCAAGCCCCAGUCCCCGUGGAGUCCGCGCCCCUUCGCCGAGGAAGUGACCGUCUUCAUUUCGUUCGAGACACCACUCGGCACGCCGCUGAGGGCGCGCGUUCUUCCGUUCUUCGCCCCACUGCCGCCGCUACGAGCUCCGAGCUUUUAG